AAAAAAGAAAUGGAAAGGGGGGGGGGGGGGGGGAGGACAGUAGUAGUGGCCCAUCUUCGUCGCAGCGCCGGCGCUCCAUCUUUCGCUCCAUCCCUUACUCGCGCUCGGCACACCGGCUCUCAGGGCGGCGGCGCUCAGGCUCGGGCUCUCAAGCGACGGCGUCAACGGCUUCCCCUCCCGCCUCCGGUCCUCCGCACACCGGCCGGUGACCCUGCUGAACAGUCUUAUGGCGGCGAGCGCGGGUGAGAGCCAGGGGGUGGAAAGACUCCUCUCCUAUGCUGAAGAUCUCGUGGCUGUCCUUUGCGUCAGCACCGACUGCGACGACAAUGCACAGGUCGGUGCCGGAGUGCAGAGGCUGCUGUCUGCCUGUCGAUCCGAGUCUGACGAUCUCGAGAUGCAGCUCAAAGAGUAUCAGGAAAAAAUACACUCCUGCAAAGAAAAGAUUGACAAAGCAAAGGCUGAAACCAUUACUGACGAUGAACUCAAUGCACUACAAAGCAAGAUGGAAGAAAAACUGCAGGAAGAGAAGCAGCUUCGCCAAGAGUUAAGAGUGUUACAUGAUGAGCUUGAUGACCUAGAAAGCCAAAGACUUUCUAUAAAAGAAAGAAAGGACGCUGUCAAGAAGAAAAAGAAAGACACACAGAAAGCAGAACGUACGCUUUCCAUGUGUCUGUCGGUUACAAAUAUCAUCCCAAAUUUGGAAGACCAGGAUAAGGUUUCAGGAUAUAUUGUCGACCAGAACAGGAAGAAGAUAGAGAAGUUUGAAUUCGAGAACACCACGCCACCAGUUGAGAUAUGCGACGAGCUCUGGAAGAAGAUUUAGCGUGUUUCAGAUCAUUCUUGUUGUAAGGCGGCGGAAACCUGUGCCUGUAGAUUGCCGCGGUGUGGUUGUCCUCCCAGGAUGCAGUUUGCCAUGUUGUUUGUAUCGUUAGUUCAUGACGCUGUACUGUUUUGUAAGGCGGCGGAAACCUGUGUUUGUAUCGUUAGUUUGCCAUGUCAGAUUAGCUACUACUUCUUGUGUUUUAAAUUAUUCCAAAUUAUAAGUUAUUCUAAUUU